UCGUCAUCAUAAUCAAACAAACAAUCAAUUGCAAUCACAAAACCCACCCUCUCUACCCCCCAAACCAAACCCUAACUCCCAAUCACACCUAUACAUACAAUUGCAUUAACAUGGUUGAUGUGGCUGACAAAGUAGCUUACUUCCAAGCCAUCACCGGCGUCGAAGACACCGAUUUAGUCGCCGAAAUUCUCUCCGCUCACAACUGGGAUCUCGAACUCGCUAUCUCCUCUUUCACCUCCCCCGAUCAACGCUCAGGAUUAAAUCUCGAUGAUAAUAUUAAUGAUACCAACAAUCAGUCAUUAUUACCGAGGCAUAACGACUUUGAUGAGUUUGUUACAGAUCAGUUAGUUAGGGAUGAGUUUGUUACAACUAACCAGACUAAUCCACGGUCUGGAUUGGUUGUUAACGAGCAAACUCAACCGCCUCCUGGAUUAGUGUGGAAGUUAGUUACGCUUCCGUUUUCGAUAGUUUCUGCCAGUUUGGGGCUCGUCUCAGGCGCGAUUGGGCUCGGCUUCUGGGCUGCUGGUGGAGUGCUUUCGUAUACGUUUGGGUUGGUUGGGGGGAGAGGGGGAAGUGGGAGUGGUGAGGCUCCGGUGUCGGCUGCGGUUUCUGAGGCGGCAGCGUUUGUGGCGGUUUUUGAGAGGGAGUAUGGGGUGAUUAGGCCGGGGUUUGUGGUGGAAGGGUUUAUGGACGCGUUGCAGAGGUCGAGGAGGGAGUAUAAGUUGUUGUUUGUGUACUUGCAUUCGCCGGAGCAUUUGGAUACACAGGGUUUUUGUGAGAGGACGUUGUGUGAUGAGGCAUUUGCGGCGUUUGUUAAUGAGAAUUUUGUGGCGUGGGGCGGGAGUAUUAGGAUGAGUGAGGGAUUUAAGAUGAGUAAUAGUUUGAAGGCAUCAAGGUUUCCGUUUUGCGCGGUUGUUAUGGCUGCAACUAAUAAUCGAGUUGCGUUGCUUCAGCAGAUCGAAGGACCAAAGUCUCCUGAAGAAAUGCUUGCCGUGUUGCAGAGAGUGCUUGAAGAAAGCUCACCUGUUCUUGUUUCAGCAAGGCUUGAAGCAGAAGAACGAAGAAGCAAUAUUCGCUUGAGGGAGGAGCAAGAUGCUGCUUAUCGAGCUGCACUAGAAGCUGAUCAAGCCCGGGAACGCCAGAGGAAGGAGGAGCAGGAAAGGCUGGCAAACGAAGCUGCUGAAGCAGAGAGGAAAUUGAAGGAAGAAGAGGAGGCUCGUGAAAGAGCAGCUCAUGAAGCUGCUGAGAAAAAAGCAGCAUUAGAUAGAUUGCGGGAGGAGAAAGCCUUGGCAUUAGGUGCUGAACCUGAAAAAGGACCGGAUGUUACUCAGAUCUUAGUUCGUUUUCCAAGUGGGGAACGGAAGGGAAGAAGAUUUCUUCGUACCACAAAGCUACAGUCUCUAUAUGAUUAUGUUGAUUCAUUGGGUUGCUUAGAAGCUGAGGAUUACACCCUUUUUUCCAAUUUUCCGCGUGUUGUAUAUGGCCAAGAUAAGCUGUCUUUGUCCCUUGAAGAAGCAGGAUUGCAUCCUCAGGCCAGUCUUUUUGUGGAGAUCAACUCAUAAGAGCAAAUUGUGACCGGUUCAUAGUCAAGUAUGAAUAUUAGACACUCUGAUUCAGCCUGAAUUAGCAAUGAUGCAAUAGACCAUGUUAUCUCGAUAGUAUAUGUACUUUAGUGCUGAUAAAAUUAGAAAUGGGUGAUAGUGUAAUGUGGGUUCAAAUAAUUAUAAUCAAUUACAUGCAUGUACAUCUUGAUGAUAUAAAUUUGUGUUAUGUGGUUAUUUGAUCA